GUAAAAAUAUUAUCAAUAAUGUCACGCGCACUCGUGUUUACUACUCUUAUGACAACCAUUGGCUGUCUGUUUGCCUUUGGUGUUUAUUCUGUUAAGAGCUUCUUCUGGAAAAUAAGGCAUCAGGAGGCAACUUUUCCCGGUGCAGGGAUUUUCUAUGGAAGUCCAGCCCAAGUCACAGAGAAGUAUGAAAAUCACAUCUAUCCAGCACCGUGGGCGAUUUCGAUUAUCUGGCCAGUAGUUUUAUUCUGGAAUAUUUCUGCGAUGGUUUACAUGCUUUUUCAAAAAUCACUAUCGUUGCAACUGCCACCGAGAUUGUAUGUAGCAUGGGCCGGAGCCUGGUUGUUAACCACUGUCUGGACUUUUUUAUUUGACGCGGAAUCUCACAUUGCAACGCUUCUAGUGGUUUUGACUGUUGUCAUUUUAUCCGGUUCGUGUCUUCGAACAGCAUGCAAGAUUUUCUACGCAUACGAAAAGAACAGAACAAAAUCAACUGAAUCAAAAACAGAUAUGAAUCAUCCGUUUCUCUUCCUCGUUGUUGAAUCGCUUGCGUUUCUAACCAUGUGGAGUGUUGUUGCCUUUGCAAUAUCUAUCGCGUACGCGCUGGCUUACAAAAAUUCUUUGCACUCAUCAGAAGCCAUCCUUACAGGCCUUCUCACGCCAGAGGAAAGUGCAACCAUGGGAGCAAUAUUCAUUCUAUUGGUCUUUACCAUCUGGUGGACUCUUGAUAUUGCAUACUGGGGGAUGGCUACACAAAGCAUCCGCUUUCUAUACCCUGCAUUCUGUUUGGUUAUGCUUUCUUUGGGAAUUUCAAAUUAUUCUACGCAACAGGGGAUGAGCCUGAACAACGCCCUGUGCUUUGGAACUUCUGUGAUUUCGCUGGUCGCUAUGUUGUCACGUAAAAAGGCGAAAGAUAUAUGUAUAAAGCGACUGAACAAAAAAGAUGAUAACGAUGGUUGUCAUUUGGACAAGAAAAAAGAAAUUUCAUACUCAAAGGACAAGUAAAAAUAUUCUACUCCAGCUUUCUUAUAUUGGACAAUGUUUGAGUGUUCAUAAAUUGAAAAGGCGUCAAUUUGUCUGCCCGCUUUCUUGGCAGGAAUAAGUCAUCAUCACAAGUGUUUCCAAAAGAUGAUUUCCUAGAAAGUCACCUAGAACCAACUGUAUUAUGUGUUUUUGUACUAUAAUAGGACGAUGUUACUUAUUUUUUUCUUUAUUUGAGCUAGCAAAGCUUUUAUUCAGCUAUUUUUUAUAAAUAUGUUUGUAUAACUAUUUUUACAGAAAUUAAUUACUGGUAGUCUCAGAGACGUCAGCUUGGCGUACUUAAAAAGCUUCGAAAAACUAAAACACCAAAGUCUGAAAAAUUUUGAAUCAUAUUUUUAUGGUUUUCCCAGCAAAUUACCAAAGUCUUCUCAAUAUUUAAUUGAUUAUUCGACGCAUUUAUAAGUUGUCUAAAAAGUUUCCUUUGUCGUUUCUCUUAUGCUGGUCUUGUUUAUAUGACUUUUUUUUUUCUUUUUGCAUAUUUAAAUCAAUUGUAUAGUUGAUUGCGGAAGUUUAAGUAUGAAUUCAACACUACUUUUUUGGUAACUAAAUAAACCACUACUAUUGGUUCUAAUUCUCAAAUUUUAUUCUCAGUCGUUCUGUUACGCUCUGUCUGUGUGUACCUGUAUCGUUUAAACGGCUAUACCGAUCUGGAUGAAACUUCUGACGUGGGUUAUCCAGUCACCUUAGUAAUGUCAUCUCAUCGAAGUGAUGUUCUGUUUCCAUGGCAGAAGUGGAAAACGCGCCGAGUGUUA